AUGAGUUCUCCAAUUCCAACGGACCCAUUCUGGGGCCCGCCAACGUCCCAUGCAAAUUUCUGCGAAGAGGACUAUACCAUAACCCGCUACAUCGCCGAAUUCAUUAACACCCUGACCAACCUCACCUACAUUCUCUACGCCCUCCACGGCCUCCGUCAUCUUCCCCACCACCCGUCUCCAUCCUUUUCGCGCCGUAUCCCAUACUACGGCCUCAUCGGCGUAGGCCUCUGCUCCCCCGGGUUCCACCUGAGUCUGAAGUAUCACACGCAGAUGAUGGACGACCUCUCCAUGCUCCUCACCACCACCCCGCUCCUGCACCGCGUGCUGACGGUCAACACCAGCGCACAGACCUCGUCGCGCGUGGCGCUGGCGCUGGGAGCCGCGCUGCUGGGCCUCGCGGCCGUGCACGUCGCGACGGACGAGCUGGUUCUCCACGCGGUGGGUUUCGUGGGCAGUGUGACGGUCAUCGGGGUGCGGACGAUGCAGUUGAUCCAGCAGCGGACGAGCCGGGGGUCCGUUGCAAGGAGGGAGUUGUGGGCGUUGGUGCGGUUUGGGGCAGUGAUAUUCCAUGUGGGGUAUGCCGUCUGGCUGGUGGAUGGGUGGGCGUGUCCGGUUUUGCGGAGGUGGAGGGCGGCAGUGGGGGUGCCGUGGGCGUUUGUUUUGGAGUUGCAUGGGUGGUGGCAUAUCUUCACCGGGGUGGGCGCUUACACCUUCAUUGCGGUGAUUGACCACCUCGUCUCUGGCGCGGAGCAUGCGGAGCUGCAGAGGUCGGUGGCGUGGCCGUUGAAUUGGAUGGUCAGCAGGACAGCAGAAGCCAAAGUGAAGGAGUGA